UACAUACAUCAUAUUUGAUUCACUUGCGUAUAAAAUUAAUGAUUUUUUUACGUGGUUUUGGUUGUGUAGCAUGUGAGCAUCAGUUCCGCUCUACGCCUGCACACAGAUCGAGCGGCCCCGGUGUGUGAACGACUGAACAGCGAUACAAGACUUGAGCAGAGUCCUGCUGUCCUCGUCUCUGAAACAGAGUUCUUUCAUCAUGGCACUGGCUGGAGUGAGAGUCAUCGAGCUGGCGGGCCUGGCUCCGGCACCGUUCUGUGGCAUGAUCUUGGCAGACUUCGGAGCCAAGGUGAUCCGUGUGGACCGGACCAAGGUGGCCAUGUCCUUAGACACACAAGCUCGCGGGAAAAAAUCUGUGGCCAUCAACCUGAAGACGUCAGAGGGUGUAGCCCUGCUCAGGAAGCUCUGUGUGCAGUCUGAUGUGGUCCUUGAGCCCUACCGUAAAGGUGUGAUGGAGAAGCUGGGCCUCGGCCCACAGGAGCUGUUAAAGGAAAAUCCUCGUCUGAUCUAUGCUCGCUUGACUGGGUACGGACAGAGUGGAUCUUACGCCAGCGCAGCCGGGCACGACAUCAACUACCUCGCCAUGUCAGGCCUUCUAUCCCGGCUGGGUCGCAGUGGGGAGAAGCCCUACGCUCCACUGAACCUGUUGGCAGACUUUGCAGGCGGCGGUCUCACCUGUGCUAUGGGGAUAGUCCUGGCGCUGCUGGAGAGGACAAAGUCAGGGAAAGGACAGAUCAUUGAUGCUAGCAUGGUAGAAGGAGCAGCGUAUGUCGGUUCAUUUGUAUGGAAAUCUCGCAAGAUUGGCAUGUGGGACAAUUCAAGAGGACAGAACAUGUUGGACAGCGGAGCGCCCUUCUAUGACACCUACGAGACCUCGGAUGGAAAGUACAUGGCUGUGGGUGCCAUCGAACCGCAGUUCUACAGAGAGCUAAUUAAAGGUCUGGAGUUAGAAGCCGGAGAUUUGCCUCCUCAGAUGAGCUUGAAUGAUUGGCCAGAGCUGAGACGGAUCUUCACGGAGCGUUUUGCAUCAAAAACCCAGGCAGACUGGUCUGAGAUUUUUGACGGGACUGAUGCCUGUGUUACACCUGUGUUGUCCUUUGACCAGGUGAGCUCACACCCGCAUAACAAGGAAAGGGCCUCUUUCGUCACGGACUCCAGCGGGGAUGAAAGCCCCCGACCGGCCCCGGUUCUUUCUGUUACUCCUGCAGAGCCCUGCCUGUCCCCGGAUCCCGCUAUUGGAGAACACACUGCCGAGGUCCUGGAGGAUUACGGGUUCACUUCAGCAGAGAUAGACCAGAUGCGAGCAGCAGGGGUUGUCGAGUGUAAUACUGUCAAGGCAAAGUUGUAGAGACCACAAGUCAAAAGCUUGUUUGAAAAUGGAAACCUUUAAUGCAACAAGUGUUAAAACUUUGGGAAAACCAUGUGGAAAGUGCGGCGGACUGUAAUGUGACCAAUAAUGAGAUGUGCUGUGGGUAUAACUUAUAUUUGUGUUUAAUUUGGACAAAAACAAAAUAACAUACACAGAUAUUUGAGUGAUUCAAAUCAAAGGAAAUUAGGGAGAGGGAAAAAAAAUAUUUUAACGAAACUGGGAUGUAUUUCUAUUCAUUCUGUCAGGCCUGAGGAACUUUGAUCAAUGCAUGUUUUCACUGAAAGCAACGAGUCAACAUGUCCUGCAUAUGGACCUCUAGUGUAGGCGAGUCUCCCUUGGACAAGAUGAAAAACGUGGGUGGGUCUGUCAGUUGGUUCUAGUUGUUUUUUAAGAAAAAGCCCUGUGGUUCGACUUCGAUUCAGUGUGCCACAAGAAGGUUGUGUGCAAUGAGUGAUGAGUCUGCAGCACCAAAGAUAAAAGUAACUACAGCGGUAAUUGUUUUGCUCUCCAACCGGGGCUUCUUAGUUCGACCUGUUAGAGCUCGCUGGAUGUAGCUGUGUUGUGUCUCACUAACUGUGGUGACAUGGACAAAAAUCUUCAAACUGAUCAUUUGGAUUUAAUAUUCCCAAUUUAAUUAUUUACAUGGACACUAAAUGUAGUGAUUAUAGCCAGAUUGAUCUUAUGGGCCAAUAUUGAUUUAGGCAGUAAGUUAGUUUUGCAGUAAUCUUUCAAAUGUGGUAAUCAAACACUUGAGAAGAAGGUAUGUAAAAAAAAGAUUUUCAUACUUGGUCAUACAGAUGUAUUAGUUAUGGGCCAUUAUCAGAUUCCGACUUUGUUUAUCAAGCGCUCGUUUUUAAAAGCUGCGUCACCCACAGACCAGCUGUGGCCAUGUUUCUGUCCCUCUGGAUGUAACCAGUCGGUCUCUCUUACCAGUCUCAUUAGAUUGAGGUGUUCCCAUGAGGCAUUUUUAUUCUGAUUGUUACAUCUUGCCUAACAACAGAAACAUGAAGUUAUGUAACAGAACAGGUGAACACAGACAGCAGGAAAACAACAGAUGCAUCUUUUUUCUUCUUCCUCAGUUAUUGUGAGCUGCUUUCUAUCUCUCAAGAAAAAGACAAGUGAAAAACAACAUUUAAUAUUCAUUUAUCAGUUGUCAGUAAAAACGGGCGUUUGUAUGCUUCCACAUGUAAUUUUGAUUUUGAGACUUGAGCUGCUUCGGCAAAAAGCAGACCCGACGUGGAGAGAUAUCGGAGGCCAGACGUCUCAAAGGCAACGGACAAUAACACACUGAAGGACAGUGAAUCAUCUCCAGCAGCCAAACAUGCUGUCACCAGCUGUAACCUCUGUUUUGUGGGACAUAUUGAACAUACAAAAGCUGCGUACUGAAAGUGUACACACAAAUCACAAGGUUGCAGUAAUUCAUCCAAGAAACCUGAAACUAAUAUGUGAUUGUAUUUAAUGAAUAUCACAGCCAUACUGGUGAUUAUGUAAAGAGAAGAUGUAAAAGAAUCUUUGGAUUACUAAAAAGAAGAAAACUUGU